CCUGAUCAGUUAUAAAGUAAACAGCUAACAACAUGGCACCUCUUACUUUGUUCAUUAUUUCACUCUAUUUCCUCUCAUCAUCUGCCAAAAAAUACCUGAAAAAGCCAGAUAUACAUGUGAGUUUAUCAUACUACUUGGGCGGAAAAAUAAUUGUUGAGUGCAGAAGCAGCCUCAGAAGAUACCCAUUAAAACGUUGCACCUUUUAUAAAGAUAAUGAACUGUUACGGAACGAAUCAAUCCCAUCCGCUGAUCAUUCCUUUGAAUAUAUUAUUGAAGAGGUUACAUCACAGGAUGAAGGGCUAUACACGUGCGUGUGCUACAAUGCAGAAAAUCAAAGAACAGAAGAAAGCGUCCCUGCUCCUUUAAGUAUAAACAGAAUUGAAGAAAGGCCACAUCUAGAAGUGAUACCCUGGCUGGUGAGAUAUCGCAUCGGGAGUAAAGUGACCCUGCAAUGCAGCAGCAGUACGGGCACUACGUACACACAGUGCUGGUUCUUAAAACAUUAUGAACAAUUGAUACUACAUCAUUCAAAAACCCCCACUGAGUCUAAGUUUCAUUAUGAGAUUGGAAAUGUUAAAAUCCGUGAUGGAGAACACUACUCCUGUAUGUGCUACACUGCACAGCAUCAGAUUACAAUGGAAAGUAGAAGUAUUAAACUAAACGUCCACGAACCUGUGGAUAUUCAAAUAACUCCUCAGGGGGUCAUUCCCACUGGAAGUAAAAUGACAAUUAAGUGCAGCAGCAGUUACCAUGAACUCCAUUAUUGUGAUUUAUUUAAGAAUGGUUAUAUCAUGCUCCAAAUGUCAAAAUCCUCCAAUAGACCUGUAUUCCAGUAUAUCAUUGAGGAUACUACCACAAAGGAUGAAGGUUACUACAAAUGUAGAUGCUACCGUUCGGAUCGUGCUUAUACUGAGAGUGACACUGUUCCUUUAAUAGUAAAUGCUCAAAUAGAUGAACCAGAAAUAUAUAUGGAGGAAGGUGAAAAAGUACUUGUUUGCGCCAGCAAAAACAGCAAGUAUACAUACUGGUUUUGUAUUCUGUAUCAAAAUGGUGAACCAGUAAGAACCGAAAACAUGUGUGAUGGCAGCUGCAUUUUUCAGAUGGAUGAGUUUCAGUUUCAGAACAACUUAACGUGUUUAUGUUAUAUGACUGAAACAUUAUGGCAGACUCGCCCAACUUCUGCAAUUACUAAUGACCAAAAAUAUCAAAUACAUGAAGCAGAAAUUCAUGUAACAGAAGAUGAGCAAUUAGUCUUUUGUGCCAGCAAAAACAGUAGCUAUGAAUACUGGUUAUGUAUUAUGUAUCGAGAUGGUCAGCAAAUAAAGUCUUCAAAUCAAUGUCAUCAUAGAUGUUUCUUUCCUGCAUACGUCAUCGCUACUCCUAUGCAAUUAACUUGCUUAUGUUACACAACGGAAGCAUUAAGAUGGACUCGCCACAGCUCUAUGAUUACUGAUGAACGAAAACGGCAUUUGGAGAAGCCACGUAUUCAAGUGACUAUCCGUGAGUCCGAUCAGAAGAGCAGAAAAGUGACUAUUGAAUGUAGUACCUACACAUUCUUUAUAUGUAAUUUGGAAAAAUUUCAAAGCACUGUAUGGAGAAUGAAGAGAUCUUCUAAUGGCACUGUAUUUUACCAUGACAUUCAGAAUGCUACAGCAGAGGAUGAAAGUUAUUACCAGUGUUAUUGUCAUGAUAGUCUGCGUCAAGUUCGCAAAAGCAGUCUUGCUGUUCCUUUAAUCCUAAAUGAACAGGUCGAGGAACCAGAAAUUCGAAUGAAUGAAUAUGAGACUAAGAUUGUAUGUGCCAGCAAAAACAGCAGCUAUAAGUACUGGAUGUGUGUUCUGUAUCAAGAUGGUCAGCAAAUACAGGAUCAUUUUUUAAUUCGUGUUGACAAUGCUUCCUUUGAUAUCUCGAACCUUCCUGCUGGGAGUAACUUCAGCUGUUUGUGUUAUGAGUAUAGCCUGAGAAGAUGGACUCUCAACAGUUCUGUUAUUACUAAAGGAAGAAAAUAUAAGUAACAUUUUACUAUGAUUUAUAGUUUGUCAUUAAUGGCUGCAUCAGUAAUUUACAUUGUAACAACUGAUGUUUUUUUUUUUUCCUGUUAGUGUCUAUAUCUCUGAAUUAUGUACAGUUCACAGCAUUAAAUACAAAUGGCAAAAAAUAAUACAAUGCCUAUUACAUUGUCUGCAGUGAGCACACAAAUGUAAACUUAAAAAUGGUAAGAAAAUAAAAGAAAAAUUAUGACUU